AUGGUGUGUGAAAAAUGUGAGAAGAAACUAGGUCGUGUAAUUACUCCGGAUCCUUGGAAAACCGGCGCUAGAAACACUGUUGAAUCUGGUGGUAGAAAAGUUGGGGAAAAUAAAGCAUUAACUGCGAAAAAAGGAAGAUAUAAUCCAUACACUUCUAAGUUUCAUGAAUGCAAGAUAUGUCGAACUAAAGUACACCAAGUUGGAUCACAUUAUUGCCAAGCAUGCGCCUACAAAAAAGGAAUUUGUGCUAUGUGUGGAAAGAAAAUAUUAGAAACAGCCAACUAUAGGCAAAGUUCAACAUAG